CCCUCCAGUUCCCAGCUUAUGCGUAAGCCUAUAAUAUAUUGAGGGCCGAUAGAAUUGUGAAUUGGUUUCGUGGGGUCUCUCCUUUCCUCAAUUGGGUCGCCGGAAAUUCUCGAUUCCGGGACCUGAAUCCGAUUGAUUAUGACAUAUGGCGAAGGGCCGGAAACUGACGCAGAGCCGCAGCGAACGGUUGCUCGGGACCUACAGCGGCUACAGCCACGCCCAUGACUCGCCGGAGCUCGGCGAGGACGAUGUCUGGUCGAUGGUCAACAGCGUCGACGAGAGGGAGGACCACGAAACCGAGAACUCGCAGGGCGAAUGGAGCCCACACGCCUUCCCGGAGAGCACCGUUGGUAUUCAGGCGAGGAAGGGCCGCCAUAUUGCCAGAGACGACCGCAACGUGGGCGGGCUGUCAUUGGCCUUUGACGAUUCUGGCAAGACGGCGUCGUCGCCUCGGAUCGUGCACCAGUUCCGCGGACACGACAGCGUGGCGUCCCCACGUGGGCACCACAUGGCCACGUCAGCUCCGGUGAACGUGCCUGACUGGAGCAAAAUUCUCCGGGUCGACUCGGUGGACUCGCUGUAUGAAAUGGGCGACGGGUUAGAUGGCAAUGACUCGGAGAUGAUUCCCCCACACGAGUACCUGGCGCGUGAGCACACGCGCGGCGCGACGUCGGUUUUCGAAGGCGUAGGGCGAACCUUGAAGGGCCGGGACAUGAGGCGGGUCAGGGAUGCAGUGUGGAGCCGGACCGGGUUUGAUGGAUAAUUUGCGAUGGAUAGUGCUAUCCACAUAACGAUUUUUACUUCUCACACACUUCUCUCAAUUUUGGUUGUCAAAUCGAAUGAAUUGAAGAAAAUCGGUCAAUAAUCACCAAACAUGUGUGAAAAGUAAAAAUUAGUGUAUAAAUAGUACUACUUUUGUGAUAGAAACUUAAGGAGGUUUAAUUAUUAUGAAAAAUUAUUGAUUUCAGAUCUAGAGGAGUAUAAUUAUUGUUGUGAAUUGGUAAGUUUCGUUGGGCAAUGAUUCAGCUGAGUCUGAUCUAGUCGGACUUAGCUGUGAGUGAGCCCAAUUUGCCCAAAACAUUGAAUUUUUAAUGUCGGAAUUUAGACCCUUCUUG